AUGAGUUGUCAACAAUUUUCCAAUAUCAAUGAAAUUCUUGCACGCAUGACUGGAGAGCUCAUCGAGGAAUGUAUUUAUGACCAAAAUGAAUCAAUAGAUGUUCCCUCCAGCUAUAGUGCACAUACUAGCAGUCUAGGGUUUUCCUCAUCAAGCAUAGGGUUCAUGAGAGAAGCCGAUCCUUCACAAAUGAAUGUAGACAGUGAAACUUUGCCAAAUUAUAAAAAGAAAGACGUAGGCAUCCUUUCACUAUUCAGAACCCCUACAAAACCUUCAAAACGGCAAGCCUCUCAAGGGAUAAAAAGAGGGAAUAAUUCCUUUAAGCAUCCUAAAAAGGAAUAUAUCCGAUGUAAACUGAUAAGAGGACACAAAAGAGCAAACAGACAAAUCCAAGAAAACGUGCUGCCAAAUAAGACUAUUCACAGAUUUAACCCUAAUGACACUGAAUCAGCAAGCAUUUGGGAGACAUUAAAAGAAGUAUAUGCGAGAAAUCAAGAAGUCUUACGCGAUCUGUCGUUAACAGAAAAUGGUCCCCAAACUGACGGAAAAUCUAAACGACUGCCUUCAAAUGAUCCGAAGAGCUUCAACACAACAUUUUGUGCAAAUUAUUUUAAAGAGCAAGCGACGCGGGAGUCAUUUUUUUAUUACACUGAGCUGCUUUUCUGCAACUUUGAGCCAAAGAUUUUAAUAGAAAAGUUUGAAAUAUGGUGCUGUCCUGAAGGGAGUAAGCACGAUUUUAUGUGUGACAGAAAAUGGUCUUUAUUGAAAAGAUAUACCUGAGUAUUGCUAUAGCUUGAACUCUUCUGAAUACUUUCCAGGUAGUUUGGGGGAUAAAUUUCCAGUAUUAUCUGGCAAGCCCCAUUCUAGAGCUAGUAUGUACAAAUCAAAGCUAUAGCAAUGCUUGGGCCAUAUAUAAAUGACUUAAUGAUUGAAGAUCUCAAAGCUGAUCCUUGGUUUCCUACAAACUAUAAUCGUGAAAAAAUCACUGACGAAGAAUUGACUGAAAUUUUGAAAAUGGAUAAAAAUAGAGAUGGAGAUAGAUAUAUAAGUGAUCAGCCUAUGAUAAUUGAUCCACCUAUCAUUAUGGAUAAGGCUGACUAUGAUUACCAGCUGAAUGAUAUGAAUGAAGAGGAUUGUGAUUUUUUUCUGCAGCUAUAA